AGGGAGGGAGGGAGGAAGGGAGGGAAGGAAAGAGGAGGCGCAAACGCGAGCCCUCUUCGCAGUUGGGCUGUGGCUCGGCUGCGAGCACAAGUUCUGGCGCGGCUCGCGCGGCCCUGGGAGGAGAGGGGGGCCGGCGCUGCUCCGUCCCCCGCCGCGCCGCGGUCCCGGGGACGAGAAGAGACAGCGGGGCCCGGCGGGCACGAACGCAGGCCCAGGGAGCGCAGGGCUGUGGAAGGCGGCGUGCACCGAACAGGAAGUGCACGGCGCGCCGCUGUGCGCCCCCCCACGCACCGUCGCGUGCUGGCGGGCGGGGGUUCCCCUCCCCUGCGGCCGCCACGGCGCACGGCUCACGCCGAGCUUCUCUCUGACCUGCGUCGUCCCCCGGGUGUCUCUAUUUAUGCCUGAGCCCCUGAACCACACCCACGCGCCCCGUGCCCCGCAGACCCGGCCGCGGCGGAAGCGCCGGCUUUCUGUGGGAUGCGCAUUGAUCCGCACGUGCUGCGCGGAGAACCGCGGCGAGCCGCCUGAAUGCGCGCGUGGAGCUGUCGGGGUCGCUGCGGUACUGCGGCUGUUCACGCCCCACCCCACCCAGCCCGGCGCAGCCCACCCGGCUCUUUUCAGGUUCACCCGGAGUUGCGCAGUGGAUCCGCGGUAAGUGUCCGGGAGCCGUACCGCAAGCCGGCGCCCCGGCAAACGCGGGGUUCCUCAGAUUGCAGAAAGACAUGGGUGACGGAAAGGGCUCGAAACCGGGCGAGGCCCCCCCCCUCGUGCUGCCUCAGUCCAAGAGAACCACCUCCUUGCCCUUUUGGCAACGUUGCCGAGGGCCCGUGGAGAGUUCUCCGGGGUGACGGUGUGGUCCCCCAGGAGGGCGAGACCUUGGACCCGGCUGGAGGUUCCAUCAUCUUGUGUGAAAUCCCCUCCAGUCUGCGUGGUUCUUUGGUUCGUAGCGGUGGAUUUCAGGUGGGUUUGUCUUCCUUCUCCUCCCCUGCUCGCCAGGCCGGAAGGAAGCCAGUCUGGGAAAUUCUCCCGGGCCUGGACCACUCUGCCUGUUUGACAGAAGGUGGGAUGCCCUGGAGGGGCCACACCUGGGUUCAAAACCCAGGUGGGCAUCCCGGCCCCCCAGCUGUGCAGUUUCUCUCUUUGAUCUUUUUCUACCCCGCUGCGUAGGGGAGACAGGAGGCUGCGUUAUUCCACAUAAAUGCUGGAAACCCGGGUUAGGAGAAGAAAGGGGCAGGCCUUUAGCCUGUGCCAUGGAGUUUAAAGGACUCGUGGAGCCCACCCUUCCCCGCUCAAGAUGACUCCCCAACUGUCAUUCAAGUUUCAUCUCUUAAAAGUUUAAUCCCUGUCACGAUGAGAAUUCAUCAAGGCCUGCAAACCACUCCACCUGUUGAGAAUUGGUUUUGAAAUGAAAGGUGGAGAGGUAGGAAGGGUCGUCUGGGGAUGAAUUCAGAACCUGGAAGCCAAUGUGCUAUUUCCCAUAUUACAAUAAAUGCUUUGCCCGAGGCCUGUCCUGGGUGAUGGGCAGUGUUCAGCAAUUGUUAUAACUAUGUACUUUUGUCAGUUGAUUUGUGUAAAUAUGCCCAAUCAUUCAUGAAUAAAAUUAAUUAUUUGUUCUCUGAGUUGGUUUUGUUGGAGUGCAGAUUUUAAUGCCUGGGGAUCCUGAAUCAAAACACAUUUUACCAUAUUGCCU